AUGGCCUCAGUAGCCAAAGUCAAGUCCCUAGAUCAUCUCGUCCUGACGGUCAAGGACAUUGACGCCACCAUCAAAUUCUACCAGGAUGUCUGUGGGAUGCAGCACACCUCAUUCCCUGCGGCCACCGAUCCCAGCAUCACCCGGCACGCUCUGAACUUUGGCAACCAGAAAAUCAACCUACACCAAACUGGAAAAGAAUUUGAACCCAAAGCGGAGCGCGUCCAGCCAGGGAGCGGUGACUUGUGCUUUCUGGUGGAGGACGAUGUGGUCGGGGUCCUGGAUCGGCUCAAGGAGAAAGGGAUCAGUGUGCUUGAAGGUGGUAACGUGGUUGAGAGGACUGGAGCCCAGGGGAAGCUGCGGAGCGUCUAUCUCAGAGAUCCUGAUGGUAAUUUGAUCGAGUAA